AUUGCACAGUCUCGUCGCGAUCGUUCAUCAAAGCGUUUGCCACCCAAAAGUUGACGCACUCAACGCUUAACGCUUAACAAUAAUUAUUAAUCAUAAAAAAUAAUAAAUAAAUGUGUUGUGGCAAUUAAAAAUACAUUUUGUUAUUGACAACUACUUCCACGUUUAGGCCUAAACACACAUAUACGCACAUGUGUUAUCUUUUUAAAAUAGAAAAAUUAAAGUAAUUAUAAACUUCAGUAAUUUGAAUGAGCGAAUAAAUGCGCACACGAAAUUCUGAAUAAGUUUAAAACACACCAGUGUUGGCUUCAACAAACAAGUGAAUUUUGUAAAAAAGAAAUAUUGGACAACAUUUUACAUAAAAUAACUUUCAAAAUUUAAUAAACAAGCAUACUCAAAACAAAUACAAUAAAAAACAUUAAAAACAAACACAAUGAACGCCAUCGAUAUUCUUUUGGAUCGUGUUCGUGGCCAUCAAAGAGCGCCAUCCGAUUCCAAGGAAUUCCACGAAGUCACCAAACGGGAUGCACUAAAAUCACUCGAAAAUGACUUGAAACGCUUACAGGAAUCUGCGCCGGCAGAGAAACGCCCGGAACUGCAGAAGGAAAUGGCACGCUUCGCCGACUUAUUCGGACGUUUCUUGCAAGAAGUGGGUCCCUCCAUUGACUGGGAUAAAAUUCAAAAACUGCCAGCAAACGCUGUCAUGGAUUACUCCAAACUCAAUACGCCCAAAAAUGAACAGAUACGCACAAUGUUAGACAAAUUGGUUGUGGUCAAGCUGAAUGGUGGUCUCGGCACUUCUAUGGGUUGCCACGGUCCCAAAAGUGUAAUUCCCGUGCGCUCCGAUCUAACUUUCCUCGAUUUAACUGUGCAACAAAUUGAACAUUUGAAUAAGACCUACGAUGCCAACGUGCCAUUAGUGUUGAUGAACUCCUUCAACACCGAUGAAGAUACGCAGAAAAUCAUACGCAAAUAUACCGGCUUCCGUGUACAGAUUCACACAUUCAAUCAGAGCUGUUUCCCGCGCAUUAGCCGUGAAUCGUUUUUGCCCGUUGCCAAGGACUUUGAUGUGGAGAAGGAUAUAGAUGCCUGGUAUCCACCUGGUCACGGUGAUUUCUACGAUACUUUCCGCAACUCUGGUCUGCUCAAGAAGUUCAUCGACGAAGGUCGUGAAUAUUGUUUCCUUUCGAAUAUUGACAAUUUGGGCGCUACAGUCGAUUUGGCCAUACUCAAUAAAUUGGUGGGUGAGGAACGUUCUCCCGAGGCAGUGGAAUUUGUAAUGGAGGUUACUGACAAAACACGCGCUGACGUUAAGGGUGGUACUCUCAUUAAUUUUGAGAACAAACUGCGACUGCUGGAAAUUGCACAAGUGCCUGCAGAGCAUGUUGAUGACUUCAAAUCCGUGAAAACAUUCAAAUUUUUCAAUACCAACAAUAUCUGGGCUAAAUUGGAUGCUAUCGACCGUGUGCUCCGCGAACGUACACUCAACAUGGAGAUCAUUGUUAACAACAAAACAAUGGAGAAUGGUGUGCGUGUUGUGCAAUUGGAGACCGCUGUUGGUGCUGCUAUGAAAUGCUUUGACGGUGCUAUCGGUAUUAAUGUGCCACGCUCACGUUUCUUGCCAGUGAAAAAGACCUCCGAUUUACUGUUAGUCAUGUCGAAUUUGUAUCAUCUGAAAAACGGUAGUCUUGUUAUGUCACCACAGCGUAUGUUCCCCACCACACCGCUGGUGAAAUUGGGUGACAAACAAUUCUCGAAAGUGAAAGAGUUCCUCGGCCGUUUCGCCAAUAUACCAGAUAUCAUUGAGCUUGAUCACUUGACGGUGUCUGGCGAUGUAACCUUUGGACGUGGCGUGUCACUUAGAGGCACUGUCAUCAUUAUUGCCAAUCACGGUGAUCGCAUUGAUAUACCGGCCGGUGCCAUUCUCGAAAAUAAGAUCGUUUCCGGCAACAUGCGUAUUUUGGAUCAUUAGACACAUAGCUAGUCGCCGAUGCUGUUCAAAAACAACGCAAAGACUUCCUUAUGAGAAAAUAUCAGGAAUUAUUACGUAGAGUAGUCAAUUGCAUAUUUUUAUAAGUCAAAUUCAGGUAAAAAGAAAUAAACAAACUUGACUAGGUUAUCAAGUAAUAUGCAAAAAAAAAAAUAAUAAUAAAAAAUAAGCUGACAGCAAAUCAAUGUGCAAGCCACAAAUGCUCAUGUGCAUUCGUUAGUGCUCAUAUAGAAAAAAUUUAAAUUGUUUGAAACUGUUCUGUCAUGUAUGUUUAAUCGAAAAAAGUGCGAAAGAAAUUAUAUUCUUUUUAAGUGCAAUUAAGAAUUUAAAAUUCCCAAAGUUUAUUUUGUAAAUAUGUAGUAUACUUAAAAUCAUAUGUUUUAUAUAGUAGCGUUCGUUCGUUACACCCUGUACUUUUUUUAUCUAAACGCGUUUUCGCUUGCCAAAUUGUUAUUGUAUUUUUAGUCGUUUCCUUCACUGACAUUUAAUGGCGGUUUUCUUGGGUUACUUUGUAAGUUGAAAUGUACACUUUUUGUAAUUACUUAUUAAAGUGGCACACACACACAUCUACACGUAGGCUUAACAAGCAAAAUGCAAAAUAUACUUAUAUUAUAUAUUAUGUAUGCAUACCUAAAAACAGAUUGUUGUACAAUUGUUAGUAUAAAAUAAAAAGCAAAAUACAAAUAAAAUUAUA